AUGGUCAACGAGGGCCGCCUCGCGCCAGUGGUGGAUGUCGUUCAAGCUCUCCGAGACGAGGCUGCGGGAGCGGGGAAUACCGCCAAGGGAACGGGCGGGAAAGGAGGCGGGGCUACCGACGACAUGGCCAAGACUAGCAGCAACAAAGCUGCCGCUAAAAAAGAGGCGAGCGGUGUGUACACGAGCAUUGAUGAUGAUGGAUCAGACGACGAGGACAAAGACGACGAGGACACGGAAGACCCAAUCGCGGCCCUCGAGGUGCUAGAGGCGGCGGACGAAACCGACCCGACUUACCUGCUCUACCCUCCGCUAGCGCUUCGCACGCCGAGGCAGAGGCGCACACAGAUAGUGCUGCUCGGAGAGUUGGUGUUGGACAUCCAGAGAGCAUUCAACCGACACCUGGACAAACUGCAUUCCGCCAAAGAAGAUUGCAUGGACAAGGCGAGAAUGUACCUGCCCAAGUGGCUGGAUUUGGAGCAACCCGAAGAAGUGUUCAAUGUGGAGAGCGACAUGACGGUGAAGCCAUACGAAAGUGAAGCCGACAGAGACGCACGCAGAAAGGCGGAAGAAGAAAAGCGACGGCGGGAGGAAGAGGCCAAGGGAUCCAACGACAAGUUCAGAGCGCUCGACGAUAUGAUGCACGGAACCUUGGAAGUGAAGCAAGACGCCCUCACGGUCGACACAGUGAAGAAGCCAGACUGGAUGGACGAUGUUGCAGCCGAAGACAUGACGGAACAUCAGAAAAAGGAAGCAGAGGAGUACGAGGCACAACUGAAAGAGGUGCAAGAAGAACAAGCAACGUAUCGUAAGGCCCUAGAGCUAGAACUGAAGAAGCUUCGGACAGAGGUGGCCGAUAUUGUGAAAGCCUUCGACGACAGGUUAAAGGAGAUGUGCGAACUCCGAGUGCAGGUCCAGAUGUAUAUCGCUUCCCAGGAGCUUUUGCUCACGCGCCUAGCCAUGGGAAUCGUGGAGCGAGAGGACGAUGACGUUACCAUGGAAAAGCUAGACAAAGCGCUCGGGGACCUCUUCGAACAGAAGGUGAAGCAACCGGCGAGAAAGGCUCUGGCACAGGAGCGCUUGGAGGGAUACAGGCUGCACGUAGAGCAAGCACGCGAAGAGAUAGAAACCUUGCAGGCGGAGGAUCGACUGAUGGAGAGAAACUUCAAGAAGGAAAUCCAAGAAGCCGCGUCAAACCCCAUCGACAUGGCGGAAAUGAUGGCGCAGCUGGUGCAGGUCGCAAUCGAGGCGACGAACCGCGAGAAGGCGGCCAAGAUCGCAGAGAAGGAUCCCUUUGGGCCGGUGGACGAGCAGCUCGACAAGAGCAACGCGUCCGAAGCGGUCAACACAGCCGCCAUGGCCCAGGACUUGGAGUACCCCGGUUUCGAGGUGGAGGACCAAGUGUGGAACCGGCUUCUAGAACUGAGGGGCAGCAAGAUUAGGAAGGAAUUGGAGCUAAGGAAGCAACAUCGGCUCUUUGCCAUCAUGAAACGCAAACUCGAGGCCCUCCAGGCAGACUGCGACUCCGUCGACAGCCAGGUUACGGUUAUCGAGAAACGGAAACGGGCGAUCAGCGAACGCGCCUACCUCGCGGAGAAAAACAUCGAAGUGCUGGUCAAACUCAAACAGGUGGGUCUAGUGGUUCAGUGUUUCCCUCUGCGCGAUGUGGUGAUCGUCCAGGUUCGUACCCUGAACAAGAUCAAGCAGUUCCGGAAGAACAUCAACUUGAUGCAAUGGGACCAUACCUACCUCGACGAGCAGGUCAAAGACCGCGAGGCGUACUACAUCGACCUACAACUCUUGCGGGUGACAAAGAAGCUUCAGGCAGUGCUCAAGGGCGACCGGGGAGAGAAGGACAAAGAGCUUGUGCAGAAAACAGAGGCCAGGGUAGAGAUGAUGGAGAGGUCGCACGAGUCCAAGGCAAACGCCAAAAUCGCGCAACAGCUCCAAGAACGAGAAGACGAAAACCGGAGGGUGAACGGGCAGCUGGGGCAGCUGGCCACCAGCGUUAAGGUGCGCGAGGCCAUCUUCCGGAGCCACAUGGAGUCGUCCGGCGGGGACAUCAACCCAGCGCAGCAGGUAUUUAGCCCCCUCUGA